AUGUCGAGAGAGAGAGAGAGAGAGAGAGAUAUAGACAGAUAGAUAAAUAAGUGGGUCGAGGAUGAGGGUGAUGAUGAAGAAGCAUUGAUUUGUAACAAUGGGAAACGAAGCGAUCGUGAUUGAAGAAGUUAAGAAAUGGGUGAAAAUACAUGAGCGGAGACGCUUCAAUGAAGAUAAUCUCCAAUACCUUUCGCUUAAAGGUCUCCAGAUCAUACAGGCCCAGAGGGGUUCUAUACUCUGCAAUCAAAUCCUUCCCAACGAAUUAUCUGAUAGAACAGGGAAUUGCCAUGUGGGAGCAAUAGCUGCCAUUAUUGAUGCAGUUGGGGCUGCAGCUAUAGCGACUUGCACAGGGCACCUCAGAGUAUCUGUUGAUUUCAACAUAUCCUACUUCUCAACUGUUAAGAUUCAGGUUUCAUCUUCCAUUUCAAUUCCCAAAUACUUCUUCAAUUUCGUUAAUUUUCCAUGCGGUAGGCGGAAAUAUUAAUCUCAUAUCGUGAUGUGGAGACUUGAAGAGGUGGAGAUUGAAGCUAAGGCGAUAGCACACAAAGGAAAGCUUUCAAUGACGACAGUGGAGAUUAGGAGGAAGAAGGAUGGAGUUAUGGUUGCUUUGGGUAAGCAAUGGAUGUCUCAAAUCAAGUUUAUUCCCGGUCUCCAACCUAGGCUUUGAUUUCCACAAAAAUUAACUUCAUAUGGACACUCAAUAUAAUCAAUAUCUUCUUUAUAUA